AUUAUCAAGUGUCCGGCACUGUCACAACUACUACUGUAUGGGAAAACUUUCAGGAAUGUGUGAAAGUUAAUCUGAGGCCUAUAUUUUGCAAGCUGUUUUUUGCUUAUACGUCAUAAAAUAGAGACAUACAACGCUGGUCCAUACAAUGUUGCCAAACCGAACAGUAUUUUAGUCCAUAGUCCGUAUUCAACAUUCCGCUGUUCGACCUAUAGAGGAACAGCGCUGUAGAUUGUUUGUCAAUAUCUUCGAGUUAGUUGAUUUUUACCAAGUUUUAUGUGUAAAGCAACCGUUUUACAAUAACACAAAACAUAAAAAAGAUGUCUUGACUGUAAAUGUGUCAGAGUGUCUAGUGUAUGUGUAUAAGACAUACUGAUAAUACUGACAAGGAGAACAUCGUAUAUGUGGAAUAAUGCUACUUUUAUAUGCAAGUGAAGAAUUCCAUCUGUUUCAUUAGAGAAAAGAAUGUUUGGAACCUUUAUACCAUAAAUAGUAUUUGAACUUUCCACAAUUAAGAUUUUAUUAUUUAUACAUUACCCCAUGGAUAUUUAAUAUAAGUUUUUGAAGUGGAAAAGCAAGCAUUUGUAAUACAAUAACAAAAAACGACGGAUAACCGUUACUGUGCAAAAAGUUCCAUAAAUUGGUACUUUUAAUCGAUAUACUUUAAAACAUGUACAUCAGAAUGUCACAACAAACGGAUAUGUAUGGCUUAUAUAGCAAAGAUGAAUACAUCCGACAAUUGUGUAUCUUGUUUAGUUGAUGCACAGAAUAUUAUCUUAGGCAAUUGUCCAUUUUCUUUAUUGCAUAUCUUUAUUCCUGCUCUUUUAGAGCAUUCUCAUUGUCAUAAAGUAUACAGUGUUCACAAAAUCACUUUUAAUGAGGCUGAAAGCACGUACAGGAAGGCUAACUCUCUUUUGAGAAGGUACAGUGUUUUACAACUGACUUUCAUGAACAAUGAACCAUUCGGGAAGUGGAAAACGUCAGGCGAAGGUUUUGGAAGAAAACUAUUGGGACUGCAGUGUUUGCACAUAUAGAAAUACAGCAGAAGCAUUUAAGUGCCUCAUGUGUGACGUCCGUAAAGGAACUUCUACGCGGAAACCCCGUAUUAAUCCCCAACUUGUGGCACAACAGGUUGCGCAACAACAAUAUGUACCACUUUUGAAACCUGGAAAGAAGGAAGGUGCAAGUGGGGGUAGUACAACUAGUAGCGGUAAAGAAAAAGAUCGUAAAUUGGACAAACCAAGGCGUAAAAAUAGGCACCCACCUCGUCUAAAAAAUAUAGAUCGUAGUACGGCUCAGACCAAUGAAGUGACAGUGAACAAUGUUACUGUCGUUAUUACCGAAUAUAAGCCCAAAGUGAAAAAAAGUUCAGAUCAAUCUGGUUUGUCUAGCAGUGCUUCUUCUGAAAAUGGAAGUCAGCAUGAUUCUAAUCAAGACUCCAGAAGUCUGGAUAUAGGAACAGAUGCUUAGCUCAGUGCUGUAACACAUAUGUGUUACGUAACAUUCAAUGAGGUCAGAUGUUUUAUGCUAUCAGUGGAAUCAUUAAAUUAUGUCUUCAGUAUAACAUAAGAAAUAUGUUGUAUAUUGUUGCUACAUACUGACAUAAAAAAAAAUUGUUUCAUAACAGUAAUCUUGACAUCUAAAAGCAACAACAAAAAUAAUUUUAUUUGUGCAACUUCGGAUAUUACGUAUUACUCUAUUUAUAUAAUAUUAAUUGUAACAAAUGCAUUAUAUGCCUUAAUAUGGCAAAUGGAAUUUGAUACACCCAUUGUUGACAUAACAAUGUCCACAUGACUUUCAUUGAAUCUAUGACGCCACUGCCAGAAAGCAUGUUGUAACAUUAUUGUUAAUUAGAAUAUUUUGACUCAUUUAUGUAUAAUAUGAGGUAUUUAUCUUGUUUAUUUAAUAAUUGCUGUGAAGAAGAACUAAGAAACUGGCAUUGGUACGUAUAUACCUUUAUCCCAUUCCAAAUUCGAUCUGUUCCAAGCUUUACACUUUAAUAGCAGUUAAUUUCACUAACACAGAAAUUUUUAAUUUAUAUAUAGAUAUACAUAAAAAGAUAUGCGAUUAAAUUACAUAACAUACUACAUAAUAUAAAUUGAAAUAGGUAUCACAUGGUUUAAUAUAUAUUUUAGAUAAUAUCUGAAUUUGUAACAAAAAAUUUUGUUAAUUUUGGUUGCUCACUAUUCUCGUUAUGAAACACGACAAAUGUAACUUUUAUGUACUUCUUAUAUUGCCUCCAUACUUUAAUAGUAUUAGGAUAUAUAGAUUCAAUGUAAUAUUACUGGAAAAUAUUUGACCAAUUUACUAAAUAUUAAUUUCUUUAUGUAGUAAAAUCACAAAUAUUGGAACAAUGUUACAAAAGACUAUCAUUUUUCUAUUACUGGUACUACAGCAGAGCAUAAAAGCUGCAAAGCUAGCUCAUAUUAGUAACUGCCCAAUCACUUGUAACUGUGAUUUAUAGUUCUUUUUAUAUUUAUUUUUACAUAUUUUACGUUACCAGAUAAGAAAUAGCAUUAUCGAAUUGACUCAUACAAAAUUUAUUGUGACUAUAAGGACCAUAAACAAUAUGAUUAUUUCA